AGAGCCCAGCGCCGUGGCCGGCCAGCUCUGAAUGCGAAAUCCAGCUGGAGAGGGAGGAAUCACUGCCUCCCCCCCGCCCAGCCCAGCACUUCUGGGCAAACACUCGUGCGAUAACCAUCCUCAUCACCGCGAAGGCAUCCGAAUUCCCCCAAAACACAGCAGAGAGAUGCUGGGUUGCUUACAUGUGUGAGCUGGAGGUUUACACAAGCUCCUACAGCAGUGUCACGGAAAACACCGUUCACCACAUCGUAGAGCCAGAUGUUGCCAGCCAAGCUUCGAUUAAGAAUGAGUGCAUGAAAAUUUGGUCACUUCUGCGCAGUGGAAAGUUUUCCUGUCCCACGUACAAGGAGCCCUUCAGAAGCCCGGGUGGUAAAGGAGACCUCAACAAGUGCCUGAUGUGCCAAAGGCUGCUGGAAAGAGACUCAAAAAACAAAGGGAGUGGUGAAGAGGCGACCAGGAAUGUGAGCUCCUCGGGAGAGGAUGACUGCCGAGAGUUUCGGGAUCUCUUCAAGAAGGGGAAACUUUCCUGCACCAGAGAAAAUGAUCCUGUCCGAGAUUCCACCGGGAAGCAACACAGCAAUAAGUGCAUCAUGUGUGCAGAGAAGUUCAAAAGGGAGAAUGAGCGGAAGUUAUCUAACAGACAAGGAAAAGAUAAGGAUGACUGCAGUGAGUUUCGCUCCCAGUUUGAAGCUGGUGGACGACUGUCCUGCACGAGGGAGAAUGACCCUGUUCGGGAUUCCUCUGGCAAGCAGCACACCAACAAAUGUCUCAUGUGCGCUGAGAAGUUCAAAAAAGAAGCCCAAAGAGGAGGUCAGUCUGGUGGAACUGUUCAGCGCAACAAACCUUCCACUUCAGACCGUACAAAGCAGAACUGUGGUGGUUCAGGGUCACAGCAGGGCAUGAAUGAUAGACGUCCCUUCUCAUCAAACAGAGGCCCACAAGGAAACGCAGCUCAAAGUGGUAGGAACUGCAAGCCCGGCCGCAAGACACAGGACAGAGACAACAGCGGCUACCAGCUGGAUGACUGCCGAGAGUUUCGGGAUCUCUUCAAGAAGGGGAAACUUUCCUGCACCAGAGAAAAUGAUCCUGUCCGAGAUUCCACCGGGAAGCAACACAGCAAUAAGUGCAUCAUGUGUGCAGAGAAGUUCAAAAGGGAGAAUGAGCGGAAGUUAUCUAACAGACAAGGAAAAGAUAAGGAUGACUGCAGUGAGUUUCGCUCCCAGUUUGAAGCUGGUGGACGACUGUCCUGCACGAGGGAGAAUGACCCUGUUCGGGAUUCCUCUGGCAAGCAGCACACCAACAAAUGUCUCAUGUGCGCUGAGAAGUUCAAAAAAGAAGCCCAAAGAGGAGGUCAGUCUGGUGGAACUGUUCAGCGCAACAAACCUUCCACUUCAGACCGUACAAAGCAGAACUGUGGUGGUUCAGGGUCACAGCAGGGCAUGAAUGAUAGACGUCCCUUCUCAUCAAACAGAGGCCCACAAGGAAACGCAGCUCAAAGUGGUAGGAACUGCAAGCCCGGCCGCAAGACACAGGACAGAGACAACAGCGGCUACCAGCUGCUGGACUGUGAUCGAAUUCUGCACGGGGUAAAGGGUGGAAGGAUUUUCUGCAGCAAAUCCUCACAACCAGUCUGUGGCACUGAUGGGAAAACAUACAAAAAUGAAUGUGACUUGUGUUCAGCUGCCAUGAGAGCUUCAAACUACAUCACGGUAAACUAUCAAGGUGAAUGCCGAAAGCCUGCCCCUGAAGUGAAGUAAUGGAGUUCAGGCUGCCAGCCAACACCAGGGAUCAGCGGUGAGCAAAGGGCGAGUAAAGGAAGAGUUGAUGAUGAGCAUCAGGGGAGCUGCCGAGUCCCCAGGACUGCCAGAGCUGCCUUCAUCCCCUUCUGCAGUGAACGGGGCCCGUCCUUGCUCAGGUGGAGGGCGAAGGGCUGUGGGAACCGAGCGGUGUCUUCCCAAGUCUGCCCCACGCGCGCCGUCGCGGUC